AUGACCGCUUCAGAUACGACUCGUGCCCCAAGAGAUAAGGAAGUUGAAGGAAAGGAUUAUUACUUUACAACCAAAGAAGACUUCCUGGCGCUUGUUGAGGCAGAAGGGUUCAUUGAGCAUGCCCAAUUCGGUGGCAAUUUCUAUGGGACCAGUGUUCAAGCUGUGAAGAAUAUCGCUGAGCAGCAGAGAAUAUGCAUUCUGGACAUUGAAAUGGAGGGUGUGAAGCAAGUCAAACAAACAGAUCUCAACGCCAGAUUCCUAUUCCUAGCGCCGCCAUCAGUUGAAGAACUCGAACGAAGACUGCGCAGCCGCGGCACCGAGACAGAAGAUAGUUUGGGCAAGCGACUAGCACAGGCCAGAGCAGAACUCGAGUAUUCCAGGCAGCCUGGCGCACACGACAAGAUUGUGGUGAACGAUGACCUUGAGACAGCCUACACGGAAUUCAGAGACUGGAUCGUUGAUGGGGGUAAAUUCGGCGCAAGUGAAUAA